AUGCCUUCCAUGAUGAAUACGAAAUGGCCGCCGCUUCCAGAUGCACUAAUUUAUUUGAUUUUGUUAGCACUUUAUUUUCGGGUCUUCCAACGGGUUACCAUGCUCUUACCAGAAUCCACGGGUCGAAGAUAUUCUUUUGAAGUCCCAAUAGGCUCAACUGGUUCAAGUCGGAAAAUCAGAUCAGCAAACGAGGAUACUCCUUCAAAAUUUGGACCACUUCGCAUACAUAUCCAUUAUGAUGACAGUGUUUUAAGAUUACCUCCGGAUAAACAAAUUUAUGUGAACUCAUCCCUUUUACCAGAAGCAGCCGGUUUUUGGGAGAACACAUUAAAUGUACGUAAACUCGAAGGAGCGAUCAAAUUGCGGAGAAAAUGUUUAACCCAACACUAUUAUUUUAAACCGGAUAAGAAAACGAUUGCUUGUGAAGUGGGAUGUAAAGAGAAGACGACUUGUGGCGAAGCGCUGAUUCCAAACGAACAUCUUUGGAAUGUCAAUUCUGCUCAAAGCCAGACGCUUGCGCUACACUCGGAGUUUCCGGCGAUGGAGUUGAAAACGCUGAUUUCGUGCUUUACGUCUCAGCGAUACACACAAAAAAGAUGUGACAAUGCGGACACACUUUCUUAUGCAGCGCAUUGUCAACAAGAGACGGAUUACGAUAGACCAAUAGCUGGCCAUGUGAAUCUCUGUCCAUCAGCGCUUUCUACCCAUAAACAUGAUAAAGAGCUUUUAAUAUCAACUGUGAAGCACGAAAUGGUACAUGCACUUGGAUUUUCCGCUGGUUUAUUUGCUUUCUUUCGCGAUGAAACCGGUCAACCGAGAACGAAACGAAAUCGUUAUGGAAAGCCCCUGACAUUGAAUCGUGAAUCUGGCUAUUAUAAUUGGGAUGAAAGCACGAUUCGAACGGUGCUUCGAGAGAAUUGGUGGACAGCACAAGGAAAUAUCAUACAUCCAGUUCAUAUAAUGGUGACACCAAAAGUACAAGAAGAGGCAAGGAAACAUUUCGGCUGUGAUAGUUUGGAAGGAGCUGAGCUUGAAAAUCAAGGUGGUGAGGGAACAGCACUCACUCAUUGGGAAAAAAGGCUCUUCGAGAAUGAAGCAAUGACUGGCACGCAUACGCAAAAUCCCGUUUACUCUCGUAUCACAUUAGCUUUAUUGGAGGACUCUGGAUGGUAUAAACCAAAUUACAAUAUUGCUGAGCAGCUGCAUUGGGGGCACAAUUUAGGGUGCGAUUUUGCGACGAAAAGUUGCGGUGAAUGGAUAAAGAAGCAAAAGAAUGAAGCCUCGGGAGCCUAUCCGUUUUGUGAGCACGUAAAACAUGACGGGAAAAAAUCUCUAGCGGUCACACGUUGCACAGCACAAAGGGAUUCGUUGGCUCUUUGCAAUCUCAUUCCUUAUAAAACCGAGCUUCCAAUAGCGUUUCGAAAUUUUGAUUCCUUGCCGGGAGUUCAAGCUGAAGGAGUGAAGCAUUUUGGUGGUUCUGUUGAAUUGGCCGACUUUUGCCCGUACAAUCAGGAGUUCGAAUGGAAAUCGCUAAAUGGUUCGACAAGACGAGAUUCUCGCUGUGAACUUGAAGAGAAUCAAGCUGGAGUCGAGGGAACUCUUGAAAUUUAUGGAGCUUCAUCAAGAUGUUUUGAUCUUUAUCAUCCUUGGACAGAAAAACGAUGUGGCCGAACGAGAAGUUUCACUCAAUACCAUGCUGGAUGUUAUGAACACGCUUGCAUUAAUGGAACAUUGUUUGUAGGAGUCGAUAACUCAACUCAACUCUAUCCUUGCUAUAAAGAGCGUCAGAAAGUUCAUAUAAAACGGAUCAUAAAUGGCUGGCUCCGCGAGGGUGUGCUUAUCUGUCCGCCGUGCGAGCAACUUUGCACAGAAUGUCGACCAGCUUAUCACUCAAUAGGCGAGGUUUUCGAUGGCUCAAUGGAUCAAAAUAUGCAAAGAACAACCAAAAAAGGGACCAAACCUCCAGCCAAAGACGAGCCGGUGAGGAUGAGCUGGGAGUCGUAUGUGUUCCCGGUUGUCGGCUCGAUCUUCAUCUCGGCUCUCUCAUUCUCUUUGGGAAAAUUUGGGUAUUCUUUUGUCUGGAUUUUGAUCAUUUGUUCUAUGCACAUCGUCAAGAGUUACCUAUGGAAACAAAGAGAACGCAGAUUGAUGUCACUACAAGCGACAGCAUUGCGAGAACGUGAAGUAAUCUAUGCACAACUACAAGAUCUUCCCGCUUGGGUGCAAUUUCCAGAUACCGAACGGGUGGAAUGGCUCAAUAAAGUUAUUCACCAAUUGUGGCCCUACAUUGGCGAGUAUGGGAAGGUGUUUCUAACAGAUGUCAUUCUACCACAGGUGAAAGCCCAGAUGCCAGCCGUAUUCAAAAAUUUCAAAUUCACAAAAAUGGACAUGGGCGAUAUUCCGUGUCGAGUCGGCGGAGUGAAGGUGUACACACAUAAUGUUGGUCGAGAUCGAAUCAUUGUCGACAUGGAAGUCGCUUAUGCGGGUGAUUCGGAUUUCGCGAUUUCUUGUUGCGGAUUCUCGGGUGGAAUGAAUCAAAUCCAGUUUUCCGGUAAAUUGAGGGCCGUUUUGAAGCCACUUCUGCCAUAUCCGCCAAUGAUUGGCGGGAUCAGUGCCUCGUUUCUUGAAAUGCCAAAAAUCGAUUUCAAUUUGACGGGAAUGGGCGAAUUCGUCGAAUUGCCUGGACUCAUGAAUGCGAUACGAUCGGUGCUGAACUCUCAAGUGGCAGCCUUUGCUGUGCUUCCGAAUGAAAUCGUUGUCCCACUCGCUCCAAAUGUCGAUGUCACUCGUUUAUUCUUCCCUGAACCGGAUGGUGUUGUCCGUUUGAAGAUUAUUGAGGCUAAAAAUCUUGAAAACCGUGACAUUUCCUUUAUCAAAAAAGGAAAGAGCGAUCCCUAUUGUGAAGUUCAAGUUGGCUCUCAGUAUUUCAAAACACGAACGAUUGACGAUGAUCUGAAUCCAGUGUUCAAUGAAUAUUUUGAAGCCGUCGUCGAUCAGGCCGAUGGUCAAAAAUUGAGAAUCGAAGUGUUCGACGAGGAUCGGGGACAGGAUGAAGAGUUGGGAAGGCUUUCCAUCAAUUUGGCUAACAUCCAGCAGAAAGGAACCGUUCAGAAGUGGUUCCCGCUCGAGGGCUGUAAACACGGCGAUCUUCACAUAAAAGCAACGUGGCUCAAUCUAUCAACAAAUAUCCAACAUUUAGAACAACAGGAAUGGGAAACAGAGUGGCUUCAAGCAAAUCGGCCAAUCCAUCCGGCUUUGUUGAUGGUUUACGUGGACUCAGUGGCCGAUCUACCGUACCCGAAAUCAAAGCUCGAGCCAUCUCCAUUUGUUGAAGUUAGCCUUGGCAAAGAAACACAAAGAACUCCAGUGAAGGUGAAAACGGUGAAUCCUCUUUAUCAAGUGAAAUUUUUCUUCUUCGUCAGACAUCCGGAAAAUCAAGAGCUGAAAUUUGAAGCAAUCGACGAUGGGACUCGAAAGUCACUCGGCACAAUGUCCAUUCCUUUACAAGCUCUCAUCAAAGAGCCAAACCUUGAGUUUUAUCAACAAACAUUGCAUUUGACUCAUGGAGUGCAUCAAUGUCCAAUGGUUGUCACUGUGAGAUUGCGGAUUCUAGUUGAAGCCACAAGAAAAGACUCAAUUCUAGGGAAUAAUGGUUUAUAUCCGGGAGAGAAAAAUAUGCACGAACUCGACGACGACACUUUAAAAGUCUAUGCAACGGGUUCACAUAUUGAAAGAGCCGAUCGUAAACUCGCGAAUGGAGACGCAUCAGCGGUGGAGCCGGCGAAAACUGUUAAUCCGAAAGCUGGCCCGCUUGAGGUCGAGGUGAAGAUGGACUCGACUCAAUUCCAUCUCAAUCACAGUGGAUCGAUCAAUUCGAUGGCGAGCACAAAAUCCCCAGGACACACCAGUUCUCGCGUCGGUCGACUAUUCAAGAGUCGACACGAAUUGGACAAAACUUUACCAUCGGAUGCUCCUCGAGGCGCUUUGGAGAUCUCAAUUCGAUACGCAGAUGCGGUGGGAAAGUUGAUUCUUGAAGUAACUCGUGCUCGAAAUCUACUUCCUGUCGACAAGCAAAACAAAACAGCUGAUCCAUAUGUGGUUUGUAAGUUAAUCAGCAUUGACUCAAAACGAGUGAUCGAAAAGCGAAAAACUGGCAUCUCGCACAACACGAUCGAUCCCGUUUUUGACAAUCAUUUUGAGUUUGAUAUGAACAAGUCCGAUAUGCACAACUAUCGGCUUUCAUUUGAGGUGAAAGACAGCCGCAACUAUGGGAUUGCCACGAAAAUUCCUGUACUGGGACAGGCCGAUAUUCGAUUAGAGAGAUUGGAUCGACACGAAUUAUCCCAACAAUGGAUUACAUUGGAAGCGACCAGAAAA